CUCACAUGUCUUCUUUUCUGAGCCGUCGAUUUGACUUUCAUGAUGCUUCUCAAUUUGCCCAUUUGCUCAUUUUAGAUUUACGAAGUGCGGACACCCUUUCUGUAUGCAAAAUUGUAUCGAUUCUUUCUUUUGAAUCCGCUUUCCCAUUUGUUCUGUGCUGGGCUCGUGUUCACCACCGUAAUCCUUAUGUGACGUGUACUAGCACGUAGAUGAUUGGGCGAUGCCAUUCUCUGCCCUCGACAUUAUUCGCUCCAUCUACAAAACCCUGAGCGGUCUUCUUCAUUCCAGACAACUCUGAUAAUGGGCGACGAUCCUUGCGAGUGUCUUUUCAAUCAUGAGGCCGCUAUGAGACGAUUGCUGUCACUGCUUCGUGACACACAGGAUUACUGUACGGAUUCAGAAUGUCUGACUGAUGGCGGUCCAACUGCGAUCGCUAGCAAUUCGCUCUUAUUAUGGACCAUGCUCUGGGGUUUCCUGGCUUUAGUGUUGUUCUUUCUUCGUCCGAACUCAAUGCGAGGUAAUCAGGGACUGGGCAAACCUGGACCCAGUAAUGAUCGUAAUAAUAAUCAGCCACCCCCACCUGCGCGCCCUAUUCUCUAG